AUGCUGAUGUUAAGGUUGACGAGCUCGGGGGCUGCCGCUGAAAAUGAUGUGUCGGCAGGAGAAAACCUUUUCGAGCUGGACACUCUGAACGCGCAAUGCCACAAACCUACCUCGCCGACGACGUCCGUAUCCUUUACACCCGUCGCAGGCCCGCCUCCUGAGGUAACCUCGGAAAAUUUUUGGCUGCCUCCUCCACCUCCUGCUGUAAUCUCGGAAAAUUUUUGGCCGCCACCUCCGCCUCCUGCUGUAACCUCGGAACAUUUUUGGCUGCCUCCUCCGCCUCCUGCUGUAACCUCGGAAAAUUUUUGGCCGCCACCUCCGCCUCCUGCAGUAACCUCGGAAAACUUUUGGCCACCUCCUCCGUCUCAUGCUGUAACUUCAGAACAUUGUUGGCUGCCUCCUCCACCUCCUGCUGUAACCUCGGAAAAUUUUUGGCCACCUCCUCCUCAUUUGUGUAACAUAUUAUGUAUUAGGUAUGUGUAUUUCUGUGCAUAA